AUUACACAAGGAGCAUAGAGAGUCACUAACAUUCUUUGUCCUCGUCUCGCGCGCACUUCUUCCAGCAUCUCUUUUCGCAUCACUCUCUUUAUCUCUCCAUCUCUUCAUCUCUUCAUCUCACCUGCCAUCUACCCUUCCACAAUUCAGCUGCUCCCUCGACAUCUCAACUUCCGCCACACGCCAUUGCCUGCAUAGCCUCACCUCGUUCCGUAUCUUGCCAAACGCAGAACCAAUGGCGCCGGUGCCGGUGGCAAGUCAAGAUGCGUUCUCGCAUUGGAGAUCGCCUGUUGCGAACUCCGCCGAACUACCAAAUGUCACCUCACCCCCAACAUCAAGGUCUGACUUGAUCCACCCCAGCUUCCUCCCCACCUGUGAAGUCGGAAGGGAUGGUGGCGAGAUGCACUCUCAUGCCUUUGAUCUUCUCUCCCUCGCAAGCGGAGCCUCCGCCGACGGUAGCCCCUCGGUCGGCACGGCCAAGCUGCACGGAGCGGAGCCCGCGUCCGUGCCCAACCCGUCUUAUCUCACCUCUACGCGUCCUGCCAUUGCCAAUGGCCAUCUUGGUACCAGCUCCUCGGCAAAUCAGCCUACCAAGGCUCGCCGAAUGAGUUCCUCGACCCAUGUAACCUUGGGUCGCGGCAAGUUGGGCCUUACAGGAGACUCCAACCUGGUCAAGGACACUCGUCCCACUCUGUCAACCUCGAUGACCAGCGCGAGCCCUAUCCCUGUCCGUCGCUCCUCUAACGCGGCAAAUACUGGUGGUCUCCCAGCGCUGUACGACUUUGCCAAGGUGGACGGCCGCCGCCCGGCCCAAUCGCGCACAACUUCCACUCGCCAGGCCCCCGUGCAGGCCUCUGUUGCUGCCUCGCUCCCCGCUCGGGGACUGACAGGGGGCGCACGUCAGCUCAACCCCCCACCCGUUGUCCAGACGGACGAUAUGGAGCUGGACAUGUCAUUUGACGGUGACGAGGACGACGACGACCAAUCACGCAGCCGCAGUGGCAGCGCCGAGCUGGAUAUGGACAUGGACGAGACUGACCAGAACGGCAACAAACUUGACUGGGAGAAGCUCGCUCUCGGGACGGGCUCUGGAGGCGUCAAAGGGAGAAGGAAGGGCAUGAUCUUCAAGUGCGAGACGUGUUCAAAGGAAUACCGCCACCCGUCAUGUCUAGUCAAGCAUCGCUGGGAACACUCUCCCCAUUGGCGGGACACGAACCAGAUUAGCAUGAGCAAGCAUCAGCAGGUCCAGUUGCUCGAGGCGGCUGCCAUCCUCUCCCACAUCAACCCUGACAGCGGUCGCUCGCUCCCCACGGAUAAGUCGCUGUGGCCCAUGGCACUCUCUCCAGAGCCGAACCACGCCGUCCUACGGUCGGCCAAGUCGGCCACUCGUGACCUUCCAUCUGUACGCUCUCCUCGCUCACACGCUUCACCUCUUUCUCCUGGAUCCUUCCGCGACUUUGGCAACGUGCCGGCUGCCAAUGAACGCAGGUCGAGUCCCGCAUCGGACUCGACCUCUUCCAUGGGUCACGAUGCAUCGCCGCACCCCAACUCUUUGGGCCUCGAGAACAGCCACACCAGCCCCAUGGGCAUCAGCAAUCCCGGUCGCCGCACGUCUGUAUCGUCUGUUGGUGGUCCUACGACACCAGCCUCGGUUGGCUCCCUUCCGGACGUAGGCGGUCUCCACUUCCACCCUGCCUCGACUCCUACAGGCGCCUCGCCCAUCCCUAAUCGAGCCCUGUCGCUGAACGCACGUAUGCGUAUGCCGGGUGGUGGUAUGUUUGGAGGCCCCAGCGGCGGUGCUGUGUUCGGCUCGUCAAGUGGCGGCGGUCUGUUUGGAACUCCGGGCACGCGUGCGACCUCCUUCCGUCUUCCAGACUCGGAUGUCCGCGGUGGUCGUGGUGGCAGUGCAGGGGACGCAGAGGAGCCAGGUCGUGCGCAGAGCUCAUCUGAGGAGGCUGAUGAGCGCCGGCGCGACGAGGAAAGCUUUGCUGUGGGUGAGAUGGAACUAUGAUUGGCAGGGUCGGUGAGUUGUGAAGACCACCUCGCUUGGUCUUCCAGCGGCCGUGAGCUGCAGCUCUCUGCAUCACUCCGUCUCGAAACUGGGCAGCCUUGGGACACCGACCGCGCACCCGGCAACGCCUACAGCAGGUGAGGUACAUGGUACAUUGCCGCCUCCGUACGCAUGCUCACAGCCAGUUGCUGCAGUGGAAGUCCGCUGUGGCGUCUGGGGGCUGCGGGUGGGUGGAGGCAGAACUGUCUUCGCGAUUAUCUGAGCCAUGUUUGUAUUGGGUUACUAUGAAGUCAAAUAUUAAGUGCGAC